AUGAGAUUAUCUCCAAUAGUACGUUUUCUAUCAUCAAAUGGAUUUUAUGUUCAUAUUAAAAAUAAAACUCCCGAUUGGCAACCAUUAUUAAGUCAAAGUGAAAAAAUUAUUGGUUAUCCAUCAUCAUUACGUUCAUUAGUUAAUCUUAAAUAUUUAUUUAAUGAAGAAGUAUCAACAUUAAUUGGUUAUUUAAGAAAAUUAGUUGGCACACAACAUCCAUUACUUAAACUUGCUGCAAAUAUGUUAGAAAGUCCACCGAAAGCCGCACAUUCAAGAUCAGUUUUACUUUUAUUAAUAUCAAAAGCAGCAGGUAUUCCACAAAAUACUUAUCAAGAAGAUAUGGUUCAACAUGGUAUCCAUCAACAUCAAAGACAAUUAGCUGAAUUAAUUGAAAUGAUUCAUUUAGGUAUCCUUGGUCAUCGAGGUAUUGUGGAUUUAAAAGACCAUCACAAUGAUUUAGAACAAGGAAAUAAAAUAGCAGUCUUAGGUGGAGAUUAUCUAUUAUCACAAGCUUGUGGUAAAUUAGCUGAAUUUCGAAAACCUCAAGUUGUAGAAACUAUUGGUAAUGCUAUUGCAGAUAUGUGCAAAGCAGAAUUUUAUUUAAAAGAUAAACAAUCACUUUCAUCAUUAACAGAAUGGUAUCAACUAACUGCACUUUCUGUAGCAAAUUUAGUUGCAUCAGGUUGUCGUGCUUCACUUCAAUUAGUUGAUCAUUCACCAUCAUUUCAAGAUCAAGCAUAUUAUUUAUGUCGACAUAUUAUAUUUUCAUGUUUGAUGUAUAAUGAAAUAUCUCAAUAUUCAUCAUCAUUUUCAAAUGAUUCAUCUUCUUUAACACUUUAUGGAACUGUACCUAUGAAUCGUUCAUUUCCUUAUUCAGUAAUGAAUAAAUCAAAUCAUGAGAAUGUCACUUUUGAACAAUUAAAUAAUGAAGAAUUACUUAAUCAAUGUCGUGAACAAUGUUUAAAAGAAAGUAAUAAAGCAUUAAAAUUACUUCAAACAAAUUUUGAUCAAAAAUCAUCAGCAACAACACUUCUACGUUCAAUUAUUCAACAAAUUCAAGAUGGUCUUUUUUCAAAAAAAGUUAUUUAA